AUGGGGCCAUGUUCUCAGUGGCAGCAGCCAGUGCCCAGCAACCCCCCGUCUGUGGGCAGCAGGGACUGGAUCUCCCCCAGGGGCUCUCAGGGCACCGAUCCCAGCUCACAGCUGCUGCCUGGCGCACACAGCGGUGCUCAACCUCCUCGUAACUGCAAGACACACAAAGCACGUACCAUCAUCGUAGCUGUUGUCCUCACCUCCGUGUCCUUGGUUCUGAUCGCUGCCAUCGCUCGUCUGGCAGUGCCGAGACCUAAGCUUCAGUCAACUGAUCUGGGGCCCCCUGCUGUGCCCUGCUGCCCGGACGGCUGGGUCGGGUACCGAGGGAAAUGCUACUAUUUCUCUGAGACUGAAGGGAACUGGACCUACAGCUGGAGCAACUGCUCCUCCCUUGGCGCCUCCCUGGCUGGGAUCGACAGUGAGCAGGAAAUGAUGUUCCUGCUGCGCUAUAAGGGUGUCCAUGACCACUGGAUUGGCCUCCAGAAGGAGCAGGGGCAGCCCUGGAAAUGGACCAAUGGCACCGAAUUCAACCUCCUGUUUCGGAUAAGAGGAGGCAGUGACUGCGCGUAUCUGAAUGACAAGAAAGGGGUCAGCAGCUCACGGUGCUACAUGGGAAGACGGUGGAUCUGUAGCAAACCUGAGGUGUAUGUGAUGGGGAAAGGAACACACUGGAAGGGAGCUCCAAAAUAAGCCUCCUAGAAAUAACAAGGAGUGCGGUGGCACCUUAAAGACUAACAGAUAAGCUAUCGUGGGUAUAAAACCCCACUUCAGAUGCACAGAAAUGACAUGGAUACAACUCUCACCUACUUGAAUGAGCCAUGUCCCCGUUCGUCAGAAUACCAUAUAUUUAAAUACUUUGGAUGUUUUCUACAUUUUCAAAUAUAUUGAUUUCAAUUACAACAUAGAAUAAAAGAAA